AUGGAGACCGGAGUGUCAGAUGUCAGCAACCCCUUUUCAGUAGAAGGUGACAGCCUGAUCCUGGGUCUCGACUUGUAUGAUGCCGACAGCUAUGACGUCCCGGAUCCAGGGCUGCUCAAGGAGAAGAAUGAGUCGUUUUCGGAGCCAGUCCCGGGGCUUUUUACCAGCAGCUUGCGGUGGCAGAACAUGACCCCGCGCGCCCGUGCCCGCCAGCUAUGGCUACUCCUGCGUACAGGCCUCCGUGACUUCGUGGAAAAGGAAAAGAGAGCCGAGCUGUGCGUGGGCCGCUUGACACACGGGCUGGAGCCGCUGCGCCGCCUGACGGUGGCAGCUGGGCUGCGCUCAGUGGCGCAGGACCCAGCGGGCAGACGCUUCGUGGUGCUGGAUGGUGCGGGCCGCCUGCACCUGCACAGAGAAGACGGCUGGGCUUACGAGAAGCUAUGUGCCCCAGCAGUGCUCACGGGGCUGGUGGCGGUGCCAGGCCCUCUGGGUGCUGUGGGCCGCUUUGUGGGCUGGGGCCCCGAGGGGCUGGCCAUACUAAGGCCUGACCUCAGCCUGCUGUGGCUGAGCAAGCCAGGGGUGGGCAGGGUGCCGGGCCACCAGCCCGUCUGCUGUCUGCCGGUGCCCAGCCUGGGGCUGUUGCUGGUGGCAGAGGAAGGAGGCAGCCUGGUGCUCUGGAAGUUCCGUUCAGGAGGCCGCUGCCUGGUGCCGUGUGGGUCACCUCUGCAGCUGCCACCAAGCCCUGCAGGUGCAGUCACCCGUUUGGUUCUCGGGCCCUUGCCCUCCCACCAAGCCCCAUGCUGCUUCGCGGCCUGUGGCUCGGCUGUGCUCACCUUUGCUCUGGACAGCUGGGCUCUCGUAGACGUGCGCCGGGACCUGCAUAAAACCACCAUCUCGGACCUGGCCUACUGCAAGGAGGUAGAGGCCAUGGUGACGGCUUCUCGAGACAGCACAGUGAAGGUGUGGGAGGCCGACUGGCAGGUCCGGAUGGUGUUCGUGGGCCACACAGGCCCAGUGACAGCUGUGGCCGUGCUGCCAAACACCGCCCUAGUCCUGUCAGCCUCGCAGGAUGGGACGCUGCGCACGUGGGACCUGCAGGCGUCAGCACAGGUGGGCGAGGUGGCGCUGAGCAGCCGGGGCCGAGGGGUGCCAUCUGGGCACGUGAACCGCCUGCUGGCGCCCGCUGGCCCCGGCUGGCCAGUGCUCUCUUUGAGCGCGAGCAGCGUGGAGCUGUGGCUCCUUCGCGAGCUCUACUCGCCGUUGGCGCAGCUGUCAGCGCAGGUGCUCCACCUGCAGACCGCGCCCGCGCUGCCCGCGCCCGCGCACCCGCCGCUGCCUAUGCGCCUUGUGUGCGCAUGCGCCGAUGGCUCGGUCUACCUCGUGUCGGUCGCCACCGGGCGCACGGUGAGCGCGCUGCUGCUCGAACCGGAGGACGGCGCAGCCUCGCUGCUUUAUUGCCUACCGCGCGAAGCACUGUGGCUGCUGACACGCGCCGGACACCUGGUGUGUGCCAACGCUGCACGAUGCCCCAUGCGCGUGCUAAACCGGGUGUGCCCGCCCCCGGCCCCUGCGCCCAGGCCCUGCUGCCUGCACCUAUACAGCCACCUCACAGACCCCAGCAGCGCAUUCGCCAGCUGGCAGAUCGUACGCCAGCAUGGGGGCGAGCUGUGCCUCGGUGACCUGGCCCGACCCCGGAAGGACAAAAACCGGUACCUGCCCGUGGUGGGGCACACGGAUGGCACCCUAUCGGUCCUUGAGUGGCGCUGGUCGAAGCCCGUCUUCCAAACCGAGGCACACAGCCCGGGCCCCGUCACCGCCAUUGCAUCUACCUGGAACUGCAUCGUGUCCUCUGGCGGAGACUUGACCGUGAAGAUGUGGCGUGUCUUCCCCUAUGCUGAGGAAAGCCUCUGCCUGCUGCGAACCUUCUCUUGCUGCCACCCGGCGACGGUGCUCUGCGCUCUGGGGAAGCGGGUGACUGUGGGCUUUGAGGACCCAGACAGCGCCACCUACGGCCUGGUGCAGUUUGGCCUGGGCAACAGCCUCCGCUACGAUCACCGGCCCCAGGAUGACCCCACGGACCACAUCACUGGCCUGUGUUGCUGUCCCACACUCAAGCUGUAUGCCUGUUCCAGCCUGGACUGCACCGUCCGCAUCUGGACAGCCGAGAAUCGCCUGCUGAGGCUCCUGCGGCUGAAUGGCGCCCCUCAGGCCCUGACCUUCUGCAGCGACAGUGGGGACCUGGUGCUGGCUCUGGGCUCCCGACUCUGCCUGGUGUCCCAUAGGCUCUACCUGCCCACAUCUUACCUGGUUAAGAAGCUAUGCCGGAAGGUCCCUGAUGUGGUGGAUGACCCUCCCCUGCCACUGACCACCCAGGAGUCGCUGACCUCAGCCCAGCUGCAGAGGCUCGCCAGCUUACGUGGGGUGGCCAGUCUUAGCACGGACUUGUCUUUCAUCCAUCACCAGACGGCCACAUCUCAGCAGCCAGUGUUGGAGGAGGUGGGGAGGCAGUGCGCCCCGGGACUCGCGCACGCGCGCACGCUCGCCGGCGCGAAGACCGCUGGGGGCUGGAGUUCUGAAGGCCCCGACACGGCGCCGGUCACAGAGCGGGCACCUACCUGCUUGCGCAGCGCUCAGUGUGGCCGGGCCGGGUCUGGCCGGUUGACUUCGGCGCGGGUAAGGAGGCGGUGUGGGCUCCGGGCAGCUCGGGCUCCUCAGGACCGGAGGGCGGCGCCGCGGCCUCCGUUCGGGCCGCACUGUAUCCGGGGGAAGAAGCUCCGCGACGACGUCCCGUUACUCCCGGCCCUGCCGGCCCUGCCGGGCUGCCACCGCGACAUAGCCUCGCCCCUGGAAGGCGACCGACUAUCGCGACCGACCUGCCCGCCGACCGCCACAGAAGGCCCGAGAGAGCAAAGGACCGAGCGAGCGACCUCUGCCUCCCCGGGCCGGACAACAACAAGCGUCCGCAAGGCCCGGCCCCCCGCCCCUGAAUGGCCUGGUCCAGCCGCCGGGAUCGAGAGCUCGGCUAGCCAUUGGGGGCGUCUCCCGCCGUUCACUCCUACCGUCCACGUCUACUGGCUGCCCUGCCUGUCCGUCACUCUUCGAGGCCGUGCGAUCCCGCCUCCCUUCCUGGCGCUCAUUGGCUGCGCCUCCUCGCUCAUCCCGCCCCUGGUGUCAGCCCGCCUUCCCAGGAGUGGCUGGCGGACCAACGCGGGGCCCGCCCGCCGGGCAACCUGCGUCUCGGAAGGAGUCUGGGAAUAG